GGACACCCACUUUGCAAAGAAGCACUCUUGUUCUUAAAGCGACCUUCCUCCCGCCCCCCCCCCCCCCAAUCUCUCACUUUCAGCGAUUCGUUCCAUCGACAGGACACCUUUCUGCCUGACCACAGUACCCUCACAAAUAAUAAUCUUCAAACAUGGCAAUUCCAGAACCGGUCAAACCCGCAGACUCUCAGUCGAUGAAGAUCCCUCAGCCCCCAGCUGGUCGAACACCUCCUUCACCGGCUCCCACAAACAUGUCUUUCAACCAAGGUGACGACCACGAUGUCACUCGCAGAUCCGAAUCUACACGAUCCCCAACCGCCAUUCAUUUCAUCACUAGAGACAUCGAUAGGGAUACACCCGCUACGAGGGGAUUGUCCAAGAAGUCUUCCAAGGGAGACUUUGCCAGGAAGAAGUCCGCCAAGGGAGCAAGUUACUACGGGGAAGUAUUCGCCGUUCGGGAGUCGGGCCCGGUGAUUCCCAAGAGUUCUGCGGUUUGGGUUGAAUUGCGGACAAACGUCAUUGUAAGCCCCAUCUCGUUUAGCUUUGUCCGAUUCCUCCCCAAAAAUACCUCCACCACCGUAUUUUGAGUUUAUUUUUACUCGUGGUUGAGCGGCGUUUGUGGGGACGGCUGCUAUUGCGUACCGCCAAAAUUCAACUUUUUUGUGUUGUGCAACAGCGGCCGUGUCCGAUUGCGAGUAUUGCUUGAUCUCUGGGCGCCUGGCACAUGUCACAGCACUCUAUGCUUUUUCUUGGUUUCUUCUCUGUUUGCUUGUACCUCCUCUUUUCUCGGCCGCCGGUAUUUCAAUCUUGUACUUUGCUUGUGCUAAUAUGCAUGGUGCGAUGUCUGCAGCUGGAAAACGAGUUCGAGUUCGCAAAGUCCUUGUCCGAGUUGGUCGCCAAACGCUACGGAAAGAGUGAGGAUGCGGUCUGCGUAUCCAUUGACCAUUCAGCCUGUAUGGUUAUGGGGGGCACAUAUGAUGGGUCCUUUCUCUUGACCAUCACUUCCCUAAACAUGAUUUCUCCGACAUGCAACAAGCGAAAUGCAGCCUUGAUCUGUGAAUGGAUCAGCAAGAAUCUCGGUGUCGAAGUCGCCAGAGGCUAUAUCCGUUUCGUCGACCCGGAUUUUGCCAACUACGCAAUGGGUGGAUACACCAUGUUGGAUUUGAUGGAGAAGGAAGAGCUUUCUAGGACCGGCACCGCGGACAAAGCGGGCGUUAUCAGGGAUAGGAGCGUUAAGAGAUCGAUGUCACGUCACCGGUCCGCCAAGAAAGGGAGGCAGAGCCACGAGAAGCAAGCUUCGCCUUUUGUAGGCACAGGUGGAGACCUUGAUGUGGUGGAAGACGAUUCCCCUUCUGAGCUGCCUUCGACUCUAGCAGGAUCCUCGAAUGACGGACCUUCGGCGACCGCUCCAGCUCAGCGGAUGAAGAAGAGAAGCAUGUUCGAUCUCUUUAGCAGGAGCAAGGCCUCACGGUAAAUAGGAGGCGCCAUUUGAAUCGCAGUCGUGGCCGUGAUUACCAGGGUGUUCUACAAUUUCUAUUACUGGGGCCUUGUUUUUUUUUUUUCUUUUUUCUUUCUUGUCUGGAUCUUUACACAAGCGGAGUUUGUGUGUUUGGGUAACCUUUCCAUGGUUUUUUCUUCACUCUGUCACCCUUCCUCUCUCGGAACCACGCCUUCCGGGGCAGAGUAGGCGAUGACAGGUUCCGGUUCGAUUUUUUUUCUUUUGUUACGGCUGGGAGCUUUCACUCUUUUCUUUCUUUCUUUUGUGCCAACUUUGCGAGCAGGGUCCUACAACUACAGGGUUACCAUACAAUUAUUUUACAGUGUUUUAGAUGUACUGUAACUAGCGGGGUACAUAUCUCUUUUGUCAAGGUCAGGCGGAGGUGGUUAGCAUUUGGAAUGUGGCCUUUUUCUUGCUCAACUGCGAGUCCGCAUUGGAAGCGAUUGCAUGCGGAACAGAUGAUUGAGCUGAGGCGGAGGGGUCUCUCUCUGUUUUUUCUUUUUUCACUUCUACCGGUACAUUAUUCUUGCACACGGUUAUGGGAUGUGUGUUUCGUUUUUAUGGGGUCUCUUUUGUAUUGGUUUCUGUAUCAUAAACGGAAAUUAUUCAGUCUUUCGUAAUAGUGAGAGGCGGGAUAGUUUACUUGGCUGUCUACCAUUGGAAAAUUUUUUAAGAUUUAAAUUGGCUUAAAA